CUGCUAUUCUGGACAGCGUCGGCUUUUCAGCUAUCUGUACUCGUUCGACAGAGAGUUUCUUGUACAGCCGGACACGAUUUUAACGGAGAACAUGCGGGAGGCAGAUUUGGUCAUCGUAGGGGCUGGGUGGUCUGGACUUGUCAUGGCAAAGACAUACCUUGAUUGUCAUCCGUCUACCAAGUUGAUGAUCUUGGAUGCCCACGCUACCUUGGGCGGCGUGUGGGCGCAAGAGCGCCUAUAUCCAGGUCUUCUCACGAAUAACAUGCUGGGUACCUUCGAAUACAGUGACUUUCCGAUGGACGAGACCUUUGGAGUCAAAUCAGGAAACCAUAUACCUGGCGAAGUGGUCCACAAUUAUCUCCGACAGUACGCAGAGAAACAUGAUAUUUACAGGCAGAUCCAGUUUCGUUCAAAAGUCACGAGCGUGGAGCGUCGACCUGACGCCGGCUGGACCCUAACCCUCCACCAAGGUGACAAUGAUCAUGAAACCGAGUGUAUAUUGGCACGCAAGCUGAUUUUAGCUGUCGGUUUGACCUCACAACCGUUCCUACCCGACUUCCCUGGUGCGAGUGAAUUCGACCCGCCUUUGCUUCAUUGCAAAGACCUUUCAGAACGCGAGGAAGAUCUCAUCAAGGCCUCCACCAAUGUCGUGGUCUUAGGCGGUACGAAAUACGCCUGGGACGCCGUGUACGCGUUUGCGUCCGCUGGUGUCCGCGUCGACUGGGUAAUCCGUAAAUCAGGUCACGGGCCAUGCUGGAUGUCCCCGCCAUAUGUGACUCCGUUCAAGCUAUGGCUGGAAAAGCUGGCCACAACGCGAUGUCUCACCUGGUUCAGCCCCUGCAUCUGGGGCGACUCGGAUGGGUUUGGAUUUGUCCGCCGGCUGUUGCAUAACACUCGGAUUGGGAGGUGGUUCGUCGACAAGUUUUGGGGUCUGAUCGAUGCCGACGUGUGCUCUCUCAACGGGUACGACAAAGAUCCGGACCUGGAAAAGUUGAAACCGAGGACUAGCGCAUUUUGGGUCGGAAACUCAUACAGUAUUCUCAACUACCCCACAGAUUUCUUUGACUACAUACGGAACGGAACUGUCAAAAUCCAUGUCGAAGAUAUAACGCGUCUAUCCUCGAGGACUGUGCACCUUUCGUCCGGCGAAAGCAUACGUACAGAUGCACUGAUUUGUUCGACCGGGUGGCAGAGGCGACCCAUAAUCAAGUUUCUACCGGAGGGGAUAAGUCGAGAGCUAGGACUUCCGCACGAGUCAGAUGGGACUCACGCACGUCUUAUCCAUGAAGCAGACGAACACAUCCUCUCCCGCUUCCCGCGCCUCGGGCGCCAACCUGUGAUCAACCCUAUUUAUCGUCCUCUAGAUUCCUCGACCUACGAUAAACCACUCGAACCAUACCGAUUAUAUCGGGGGAUGGUACCACCUGCGUUCUUCCAAGAGAGAUCCAUAGCGUUCAGUGGCUUCGUACUUUCGCUCAGCACUUCGCUGAUAGCGCAGGCCCAGGCACUUUGGUUGACGGCGUAUCUGGACGGAAGUCUGUCUCCUGGAAAUCAAUCAUCAAAUGAAUCAGAGGUCCAGUGGCGCUUUGCCGAAGAAAGUAUCCUGUGGCAGACGGUGCUGCAUAGUCAGUUCGGAAAGUGGAGGUACCCGGCUGGAUAUGGGAAGGACCACCCCGAUUUUAUAUUCGACGCCAUUCCGUACAUCGAUAUGCUACUCAGAGAUCUGGGCUUGGAGCAUCACAAGAAGAGUCAUUGGGUGGCGGAGUGUUUCCAACCUUACACCGUGCAAGACUAUCGCGGCCUGGUGGAUGAGUGGAGACUCAAAGCGUGA